AUGCCCGCAUUGGCUCAAGACAAGGUUUUGGCGAGAGAUCUAAAGGCUAAGAAGACAAAGUCCAGGAACGGAUGCGGUCGAUGCAAACUCAAGAGGCUCAAGUGCGACGAGACCGCCCCGGGCUGCCUGCAGUGUAAGAAGAGGAACGUCGCAUGUCCUGGCUACGAGAAGACUCUGAAAUGGUCAACCAAAUACGAGGUCUUGUCGCCACCCAAAACGAAGUCGACGUCCCCUAAACCACGAUUGGACAAUGUCGCGUCUGCCUCAACAUCGACCCUUCCCCAGAACGUGGUCAGCGGCAUCGAGGCAUUGGCUGCUGUACUCCCUGCAGGCCGGAAGAACACCGCUCCUACACAAUCACCUCCUACCGCCCAGGCAUCGUCAUCAAUUUCAUCUCCACCCAGUCUUGAGGAACCAGCCUCAACACAAGAGUCUUCUACUGAGGAUGGCGAUUCUCCCAGAGACUACGAGCCCUUCCUCAUGGAAGACGUCAACACUGUGGAUCCUAUCAUGUUUGACACCAACCCAAUAUGCAACGAUGACUUCAACUUUGACUCGUUUGAGAGCAUUGACUUCGACUCGGCGUCAUUGGAUGAGCUCACAUUUGACAUGCAUGACUUCUCACAGAAACAAAACAUCACAUCAGCUUCGUUGCCUGUGGUAGACCGGGAGCCAGGCCAAGAGUCCAGCCCUAGACUUUCGCGUUCACUGCUUCUCGACUUGUACCGCCUUCCAAGUCCUUCUCCUAACCCAUCAUCAACUGAUGAUGUAGAGUCGCUUCUCGUCCAGCAUUACUUCAAAGACGUCUGCGCUGUAUUUUCUUCUUUCGAUUCUGUUCUCAACCCUUUCCGAACUACGAUCGGUCGCAUUUACAAGGACUCGCCUUCUAUCAACUACGCCAUCCAGUCCAUGGCUGCGGCUCAUCUUGCUAAUACAUUCCCUAAUAUGGCGGCGACUGGGUUGGAGCUUCAACGUAAGGCGCGUGAGGCUUUGGAGGUGGAGCUUCCGCUUGCUCAGAGUGGCAAAACAAGUGCAACCAAGACCUUUUUGAGCAUCAUGCUCUUAGGCCUCACCACCUCUUGGCACGACAGCAACGCACUUGGACUGGAGUACCUCUCUACCGCAAGAGAUCUGAUCCUACCUAAGCUUCUUGGUCGAGCAGGAGGAUCAGAGGUCGAGCGCGAGGCACAGUUCUUCGAAGAGUCCUUGAUACACUGGGAGAUGCUGAUGGGCUUUGUAACAGAAGACGCCAUGAGCUUCUCUCCCAAGUCAGGACUGCGACCCAGUGUCACCGCUCGGAAAAGUGCUCUUGCACGAGGGCCCAAUGGCAAGACAGUUCCACAUCCAUGGACAGGCAUCGCACCGAUGAUACAUUUCCUUUUUGCUGAGGUCGGCCGUCUAGUCCGCAAGGAACGUUCAAUGGACCGCGAAUCUUCCAAGGACUUGCGCCGUCGCCAGGAGAACCUACAGAAUGCUGCUUCAUUGGAAGAAGACCUUCUUGCAGUCGACUACCCAUCAGUGGAUGAAGUCAUUGAUACUGGUGACGAGCGCACCCCCAAGGAACACUUUGUUACUAUUGCAGAGGCAUAUCGUCUCUCUGGACUCCUAGAGAUUUAUCGCGUCUUCCCUUCAAUCUUGCGUAAGCGCCUAGGGUCCGAUAAGUUUCGAGGUUCCGACAACAUGGACUUUGAGUUUCCAACACCUCGCUUCGAGACACCGUUUGAAGAUACCGACAUGAAGCUCUGGCUCAACUCGCUUGCCAUGCACAUUAUUCGAUCUCUGGAAUCUUUGCCCUCUUCGUCUGGCACCUUUUGCAUCCAGCCACUUUUGCUUGUCGUCGCUGCCUCUGAGCUCAAAUUCGUUUCUUCUGUCGACUUCUUCGACGUUCACGCCAAUGACGCUGAAGUCGUCGCAGCUCGAGAGUUUGCCAUCAGGCGUCUUCAAGAGUUUGCCCUUAGGUUGCCUAACAAGCCCCUUCGGACGAUGAUUCAGCUCAUCAAGGAGACAUGGCGACAAUCUGACGAAGGUCAAGACGCCUUUUGGAUCGACGUCAUGAACGAGAAGGGUUACCACACCAUCAUGUGA